GUUAAGAGUCUGACUAGCAGGGGUAUCUGGAGGGGUGAGGGGGUUGGUGGUGAGGCCUCGGCAGGCAAGCGGGCGUCCACGCUUGUCCCGCCACGGGAGUAGGCAAGGUAGGAGCCAGGCUCCAAAGCCGGUGGCUGCGGACCACGGUGGAGCCUUGCAGCCUGCGCGCCGCUGUCUUCGGGGUCUGAGGAGGGUCCAGUGAUAUCCUGAGAGAAGAUGGGGAAGGGCUGCAAGGUUGUUGUUUGUGGAUUGUUAUCUGUGGGGAAAACUGCAAUUUUGGAGCAGCUCCUUUAUGGGAAUCAUACUAUUGGAAUGGUAGACUGUGAAACAAUGGAAGAUGUGUAUAUGGCUUCAGUGGAAACAGAUCGAGGAGUAAAGGAACAGUUACACCUUUAUGACACCAGAGGCCUACAGGAAGGUGUGGAGCUGCCAAAGCAUUAUUUUUCAUUUGCCGAUGGCUUUGUUCUUGUGUACAGUGUGAAUAACCUUGAAUCCUUUCAAAGAGUGGAGCUUCUGAAGAAAGAAAUUGAUAAGUUCAAAGACAAAAAAGAGGUAGCCAUUGUUGUAUUAGGAAACAAAAUUGACCUUUCUGAGCAGAGACAAGUGGAUGCUGAAGUGGCACAGCAAUGGGCAAAAAGUGAGAAAGUGAGACUGUGGGAGGUAACUGUUACUGAUCGGAAAACACUGAUUGAACCCUUCACUUUAUUAGCCAGCAAACUUUCCCAACCCCAGAGCAAAUCGAGCUUUCCUUUGCCUGGGAGGAAAAACAAAGGGAACUCUAGCUCUGAGAACUAAAAAUCUAUAAUUCCACAACUGUUGGAUAGUGAUUGCCUUUAAGUGUUAGUGAACAUGGAGUAAGAUUAGUAUUUAAAAUAGGCUAUUUGUAUCUACCUUAGGUCCUUAACACCUAAGGAAGUUAAUGCACGCUAGAGGUCAUAAUUAAACUAUUUGGGCUAAGUUUACUAUUGCUUAAUAUGAAAUAAUGUAUUUUCAUUCUCAUUGUUUGAAACCUGUCCCUGAAAUUUAGCACCUUUGUUAUUUAUGUUGCACUUGUUCAAACAGUAAAAUAAAGCUUGGUUAGUAUGCAAA